GCCAUUUAGCAACAAAAUUAAUAGUAAAAAUGUGAAAAGCUAAGUCGUAUUUUGGGCCUAGUUAAACGCAAUAAACCCAUUGUAAUCGUGCGUUUCCUGAAUUUAUUUUUUUUAUUGAUUAAUUGUGUCGGGAAUACAUACGCACACACACAUAAUAGUGGAGCAGAGAGGAAAACAUUGCUGGCGCGCAAAUAUACACAAAAAAAACCCUCCCAGAUCCGCAAACACACACGUUCAUAAUAAAUAUAUAUCUAUGCAUAUGUGUAAACGUGUGUUCGAUACUGUAUAACAACAAAAGCUAUUGCUAAUUUUCGCUUAGACGCCAAAUGCUAAAUGACUCAAAUAUAGUACAAAAGAAGAAGAACAGCCUGAGAACGCCCCCAUAUACACCCUUCUGAAAGCCGCCGCCCCUCCCUUACAAGUAUUUUAGACUUGCAGCUGGUUUAAACGAAAACAGAAUAUAUAUACAGCUAAUCUUUACGUGUGUCGCGUCAUGGCCUGUCGAAUGGAGAACAGCAGCAGAGGCAGCGGCAGUCGCGAAGCGCUGUCAACAUCUUCACUUAACGGUGCCAUUACUGAUAAGAUGGCGACGCUGAAUCUAGACAGGUCGGAAACAACAACAACAACAGCAACGACAGAAACUACAACCAUGCGCAGUAAUGGCAAGCAUAAACCACCGAAGGAGGAGCCACCACAACUCCAGCAGCAACAGGAACAGCAGCACCAGCAGCAGCAAUUGCAACAACAACAACAGCAGCAGCAGCAGCAACAGCAGACACCGCAAAAACAGGCCAUGUCUGCGGAUGAGCGAAAGGCCACCAAGAAAUCUCUAGUCAUUGUUGCAGCAAUAUUUGUUGCCAGUGUGGCGACCAUGUGCUAUGUCUAUGCAAUAUUUCCCGAAUUGAAUGACUCUGAGAAGCAACAUUUGAAAAUACCGCGUGAUAUACAAGAUGCUAAAAUGCUGGCCAAAGUCCUCGAUCGCUACAAGGACAUGUAUUACUUUGAAGUGAUGUUCGGCGUCGUUGUCGCCUAUGUAUUCCUACAAACAUUUGCCAUUCCCGGUUCAUUAUUCCUGUCGAUUUUACUCGGCUUCCUGUACAAGUUCCCCAUCGCCCUGUUCCUGAUCUGUUUCUGUUCGGCGCUCGGGGCCACACUCUGCUACACGCUCUCGAAUCUGGUGGGACGCCGCCUUAUCCGUCACUUCUGGCCAAAGAAGACCAGCGAAUGGUCGAAGCACGUGGAGGAGUAUCGGGACAGUCUGUUCAACUACAUGCUGUUCCUGCGCAUGACGCCCAUUCUGCCCAAUUGGUUCAUCAACCUGGCCUCGCCCGUUAUCGGAGUGCCGUUGCACACCUUCGCCCUGGGCACGUUCUGCGGUGUCGCGCCGCCAUCGGUGAUCGCCAUACAGGCGGGCAAGACACUGCAGAAGAUGACCAGCUCGAGUGAGGCCUUCUCCUGGACCUCGAUGGGUAUACUGACGGUGUGUGCCUGCGCUUCGCUCCUGCCCGGACUCCUGAAGAACAAGUUUAAGAAGAAGGAGGCGUAAAUUCAUUAACCGGGGCGAACCGGAGCGGAUGGACCGAUACCCAAAGCGCCUGGGAC